GGAUGUGCGUGGGUUUGUAUGGUGGGGUUGAGUUCGGAAGAAAGUUUGAUGCAGUGAAGGGCUGAGGUUCAGGGACAGUGCUCCUUGUCCUUCAGGAUGCUUUUUUAAAAACAACUUUGUAAAACUGACUCUCCUGAAAUCUCCAGCUCUUCUUCCACUGUGCGGGAGGUGGUGACAUAAAUUUGGCUGAUUUUUAGCUUCCUGGCCAUGUCCCUGAGCCAGCAGGACCUGGGGAGGUGGCAGGAGAUAACAGCUGUGGCUGUGCAGGACAGGUACCCCCCUGCCCAGGCAGGCAGGAUCCUGCUUGCAAAAAGAAAAAAAAAAAAAUUAAAUGGGAGAAUUCCCAUCAAUUUAAUUAUCACCUGUUAACUGAAACCACUCUGCAUUGAUUGCAUCAUUGAGGAAUGAAAGUAAAUAAACACUCCUCUGCUCCCCUCCCUGCAGGUGCUGCUUGUCCCUGGGGCAGGAGCCAGCAGCCAGCACCACUCCUUCCCUCUUGUUCCUCUGGCAGAGCUCUGGGCCCAUUCCAGCCUUACCUUGUCCGUGUCAGCCUUGUCCCUUGCUCCCAACCUGACCUGGCUCUCCUGGCUCCUCUUUGAGUUUCAUGGUGUUCACUGCCCUUCAAUACAUUUUGCUGGAUCUGCUGAAUGCCCCUGUCCUAUUUCCUAAAAUCGUGGGGGGAAAUUCCUGCAGAACAAAAAUAAAAAUCCUGGCAGCCAAGAGGGAAAUUCCUGGAACACCAACCUGGAAGGCUGAAUAUCCUGGAUAACAAAGGGGACAAGACAACUUCUGUAAGGCAAUGUAGGAAUUUCCAUGUGAGAACUAGGGGCAAGCCCUUGAAAGUAAAGGGGGAAAUACACAGGGAAUUUCUAGAAAGCAAUGAGGGGAUUUCCUACAAGGCUAUAGGGGGAAUAGCCUAGAAAUAAAAGGAGGUAAAUUACAUGAAAGCAAGGAGAAAAUUGCCUCAAUUACCUGGUAAAUUCCUGAAAAGCAGAAGUGACAUUUUUAAAGAAAGUAACAGUGAUGAUUUCGAGAGGGGAAAUUUCCCAGAAUGCAAAGGAGGAAUUGGUGAAUAGCAAAAGGGGCAUUGCCUGGAGGGGAUGAAUGGUACUUCUUGGGAAAUAAUGUCUUGCUUCCCAGUGUGAGGAAAAUCCAUAAACGCCCCUCUGUGCCCCCAGGCUCGCCCCAAAACAGAGGUUUAUGUCCAAAAAGGAGGCAGAAGGAGUUCUUCAACUUUAUUCAAAUAAAGUGAGAAUCAAAUAAAGUGAGAAAGUCCACCAGGACACACACCUGUGGCAUUUUCUCUCUCGAAGUUUCCAAGGGGGCAUCCUUUUUUUAUCCUAAACUCCUGGCCACAUGUUGCCCUCUUGCUUUCCCUAUUGGCUGAGGCACCAGGAAGGUUCAGCCUUCCCGAACCGCCUACCACAUAUCCCACUUUGAACCUACUAUUUUACCCUAAAAUUCAGAAACUCAGGCUGUGCAGACCCUUGUCUGUUUCAGGAGCAGAACUGCCUGGGCUCUGCAGCAAACCCGCUGCCCUAAGUCAGUAGAGACAUUGAGCCCGCCCAUUUCAAAGACCUUAACACUCACACCUUCACCCAGCAAAUUGUUUGUAAACACAUCAGCUUUCCUCUCAGCAGGGAGUUACAGUCAUGGGGAAAUUUCCCAGGGAAGCAGUGGAGAUCCUCUAAGCAGAGGGAAAAAUCGUAGACAGGGAUGGAGGACUCUAGAAAGCAACAAAGACAUUGCCCAGGAAACCAGGAGGAAAUAGCCUAGAACGUGACGGGGAAAUUUCCUGGAGAAUGGGGGAUUUCUUAGGAAGGAAGUGGGGGAUUUCCUGGGAAACAACAGGCAAUGUUCUGAAAAACCACGUAGAGUGCCUAGGAGGCAGUAGGGGGUUCCUGGAAAGAAGAAAUUUCCUCAAAAAUAAGCUGCACAUUGGGAAAGAGGCUGCAGUCCCAUGCCUCAGCCUCACUGUCCCCUCCAUCCCUUCCUGGCCCUUGGGUAAGGAACUCGAAGAACCUCUCAGGGAGUUUGGGGUUUUUUUACUGCUCCCCAGAGAGCUCAAAGGGCUCGGAGAAGAGCCGGGUGGUCGCUGUUGCUGCCCUUGACCUGUCGGGGGCAUGGGCUGGUUCGCCUCUGCCUCGGUGCCGAGCGCUGCCCGCCGCACUUCGGCCUUUCUCGGUUUGUCAUUUUUGGCAGCACGGCCUUGGCGUGCAAGCCCAUGCAGCCGGGAGAAGAGGGAUUAAAAUAAACAUCUGGACACCCCGGGGGUUUCCAGCCGCGGUAAGCCCCAGCUGGAGCGGGUGUGGCUGACCCCCUGCGCUGCGGGAUUCCCACGCUCAGCUUUAGGUGGAGUUUAUUAAUUUAAUCACUGACAGUCCGGGGAGCGCCGUGCGCGGGGCUGCGCGGCGGCGGCGGCGCCGGGCCCGGAGCAUCUCCCGGGCACCCCGGGAGCGGCGGCACCGCGCCCCGCGGGAGCGGCGGCACUUUCACUUUCGGAGGGACACGUGAUUUCCAGGAAAACGAGAGGGCCGGAUAAGGGAUCGGGAAGGAGGCGGCCGCCCCCGCGCCUAGGGCACGGCACAGCACGGCACGGCACGGCACGGCACGGCACGGCGGCUCUGCGGACCCGGCACCAUGGCAGCAGCGAUGGAGAAGGAGGGGGAAGCCCAGAGGCUGCGGUUCGGACAGUGGCUGCUGGACGCCAUCAACAGCGGGAGCUACCGGGGGCUGCGCUGGAUCGACGCUGCCCACACCACCUUCCGCGUCCCCUGGAAGCACAACGCCAGGAAGGACAUCACCAGCACUGACCUGGAGGUCUUCAAGGCCUGGGCAAGGGUCAGUGGGCGGUACGAGGAAGGCUCCGAGGAUCCGGCCAAGUGGAAGACCAACUUCCGCUGUGCCCUGAGCAGCACCAACUUGUUCAAGUUGGAACAGGACCAUUCCAAGCGUGGUGAUGACCCCCAUAAGGUUUUCUCCAUUGUCUCAGCCACCCUCCAGGACAGCAAGGAGGGACAUUCCAGCAUCCCCAACCCUGUGGUGGACCAGCAGGCAGCACAACAGCAGCUGCAGCUGGAGCCCCACCCCCAAGACAUGGCCUCAGCCAUUGCUGUCCCAGGAAACACUGACCCCACAGAGCUCUCGCUUCUGGGGGAGCUGCUGCAGAACUGUGACAUCUCUCCCAGCGACUUUGACUCGCUGGCCCCAUCCUGGGUACCCGCAGGUGGUUUCCCUGCCGGGGACACUCCCCACCAGGACAUUGUACUCCAGCCUCACCAGGACACUCUGCUCCAGCCUUACUCAGACACCAGCCAAAACAGCCGCUUCCAUCGCACAUUUCCACAAUGGGUGCCCUCGGUGGAGCAGCCCACCUUGGGCACCUACCAACCAAUGGGCCUCAUGCCACCAGAGGAGACAGGGGCCGUGCCACCACCGUGCCAGCUGACGGAGGGCACGGUCCCCAUGCAGUGUGUGCCGGGUGGGACGUUGUUCGUGCCCGCCGCCAGCCCCGUGCCACAGCCACGGCUGCUGCUGGAUAGUACAGAUGGCAUUGUCUCCAUCCUGGAUGUCACCAUCUACUACCGGGGGAAGGAGUUCCACCACGAGGUGGUUGGGGGCAGCCACUGCCUGCUGACGUACCAGUGCCCCAGCCUGCCGGGGGCCCCGAGCCCCGGGCACGUGGUGUGCUUCCCCAGCCCCGCCAGCCUGGCCGACGGCAAGCAGCGGCGCAUCACUGAGGAUCUGCUGGGCAUCGCGAGGCUGUGGCUGGAGCAACGCGCCUACAAGGUCUUUGCCACCCGCCAGGCGAAGUGCAAGGUGUUCUGGGCCUUGUCCCAGCAGCUCGAGGGGGUUGAGGAUCCCCCACUCAACCUGCUCUGCCGAGACCAGGAAACGCCCAUCUUUGACUUCCAUGAGUUUUGCACAGAGCUGAGGGACUUCCGCAAUGGCCAAAGGCGGCGAUCUCCAGACUUCACCAUCUAUCUCUGCUUUGGGCAAGCCUUCUCCAAGGCCAAGCCUAAGGAGUCCAAGCUCAUCCUGGUCAAGCUGGUGCCCAAGUUCUGUGAGUACUACUACGAGCAGGUGCUGCAGGAAGGAGCCUCCUCCCUGGACAGCCGCACCAUCAGCCUGCAGCUCUCCAACUCCUUCGACCUCAUGGAGCUGAUUGAGCAGUACAGCAUGCAGCUGGGCUGAGCCCACCUGCCCCGCUCCCCAUGGCCCUGGCACAGGCAGCAGGACCACUGGGCAUCCAGGCUCUGCAAACCAGCACUCCCCAACCCGAGCAACACUUCAGUGACCAAUCCUGGAGCUCACACAUUGCUUUUCCUCUCUGUCAGCUUCUAGUGUGUGUUUUUGUGGAGGGUGGUAAUUUACAGAUUUAUUUUCUUAACUUUUCCAAGCUAAAAAAAAAUAUAUAUAUAUAUGGGAAUGUA